AUGAGAGAGACAAAUCAGAGCCAGGUAACAGAAUUCUUCCUUCUGGGACUCUCUGAUGACCCCCUCACCCAGAAGCUGCUUUUUGUCUUAUUCUUGGCUGUCUACCUGACCACAGUGCUUGGAAAUCUUCUUCUUAUGUCCCUUGUUCGGAUUGACUCCCGGCUUCACACACCCAUGUAUUUUUUCCUCUGCAACUUGUCUCUGGCUGACCUCUGUUUCUCUACCAACAUUGUUCCUCAAUCUCUAGCACACCUGCUGUCUAGGAAGAAGGUCAUUUCAUUCACACGUUGUGCAGCUCAGCUUCUGCUCUUCCUUAUUUUUGGGUGCACACAGUGUGCCCUUCUGGCAGUGAUGUCCUAUGACCGGUAUGUGGCCAUCUGCAACCCUUUGCAUUAUUCUACCAUUAUGACAUGGAAGGUGUGUGCUCAGCUGGCUUCAGGAUCAUGGACCACUGGCCUCUUUGUGUCUGUGGUGGACACCACCUUCACACUAAGAUUACCUUACCGAGGGAGCAACAGUAUUUCUCAUUUCUUUUGUGAGGCUCCUGCAUUAUUGGUCUUGGCGUCUACAGACACUCAUACUUCAGAGAUGGUUAUUUUUCUUAUGGGGGUCUUAAUUCUCCUCAUGCCUGUUUCUCUAAUUCUGGUAUCUUAUGGCCACAUCAUUGUGACUGUGAUCAAGAUGAAGUCAGCUGCGGGGAGGCUCAAGGCGUUCUCCACCUGUGGCUCCCACCUCAUGGUGGUCAUCCUUUUUUAUGGGUCAGCAAUCGUCACCUAUAUGACUCCCAAAUCUUCCAAAGAACAGGAAAAACUGGUGUCUGUGUUCUAUGCAAUGGUGACUCCCAUGCUAAAUCCUCUCAUCUACAGUUUGAGGAACAAGGACGUGAAAGGAGCGCUGAAGAAAGUAACUGCAAAGAAUUUCCCAUGUAAGAUUGGAAUUUUCCACUGA